CGAAACUAAAAUUAGGCCUGACACCGACCUUGUAUGUCCUAUGUUCCUGUCUUGUGACUUUCUUCAAAGGAACUCCAAACAAAACAUUCGAUUCAUGCCUAUCAUGUGAAGGAUCAUGUCGUUUUUUACUGCAGAUGACGAUGACCAGGAUUUCUCGCUAACUGGAGGCGGCUCCAAACUAGCCUCUAUAUUUGGCAUCGACCAGGCUUCCAAUCAGGGUGGCAAUGAGUCCCUGAAGUACACUGCCCCAAAGCAGCCCAGACCAGCCCAGGCACAGCCUCAAGGGGGCGCUCCUGCAGUCCUCCAUGCCUGUGCUGUACAGACAUAUAAAUUUGUAAACAAUCAGUAUGCCAGCCAGGGAAAACUUGGUGCUGCUAUAGUGGGUAGUCAUGAAGCAAAAGAUUACAAGUUGCUUCUCUAUGUCAGCAAGCAACAGCAAGUUACCACAGCAAGAAUUUCUUCUAGCUUUAAUUUUACAAUUCAAGCCAACAAUUAUGCUAACUUCUAUGAUGAUGCCAGACAGAACUGGUCUCUCAACUUUGACAGCACUGAUAGUGCAGUGCAAUUUGCAAAGCAUGUUGCUCUGGCCAAGGCCAACAGUUCAGGCAAUGCUCUCACAGGCACUGUAUCUCAGGAGCUUGUCUUGGGUGAUGGUGGCGCCCUCGAGAGUGGGGAUAGUGCGGAGGUGAAGUAUACAGGCUGGCUGCUGCAGAAUAAUACCUUUGGGCAGGUGUUUGAUAGCAAUGCUAGUGCAGAAAAGCUUUUUCGAUUCAAGGUGGGCAAAGGAAAAGUCAUAAAGGGCUGGGAUGAUGGUGUGAUAGGAAUGAAGAAAGGCAGCAAACGUUUGCUGAUUAUUCCACCUCACCUGGCCUAUGGUACACAGGGUAUGGGGGCCAGGGUACCACCCAGCUCUACUCUCAUAUUUGAGGUAGAAAUUGUCAGGGUGAAGCUGUCCAAGGAACAUGUCCCUGAGCAGGCGUCCAGUAGUGCCACUCCUCCCCCUGCUGCCAGCCUUGACAUCCCAGAGACACACCAGGAAGACUCGGUGAAGUCUAGGAGCAAGUCCAUCACAGAGCAACUCUCACAUCACAGCAGUGAUAAGGCCAAGCUAAUCUCCCGUAUGAAGAAGAUGGGUCAACCUAUGUUACCACUAGGUGGAGCUGUGGCUGCUGAGCCAGAUACAGAUGAGGAACCAGUAUCUGAGAGCCCCUCACCUGCUCCUGUUACAGAACAGCCUCAGCUCUCAGCUCAUGUUGCCCAGCCACAGCCACAGAAACCAGUCCCAGCAGCAGCAGCAUUCCAACCCACAGUAACAGCACAGCAUCAGCAGCCUAUCAUGGUCAGUCAGCCAGUGGUGCCACCUAUGGCUACUGCUGCUGCGCCAGUAUCGUCACAAGUUGCUGUCUACCAGUCACAAAUACCAGGGAUGCCUAUGCAGCCACAAUUCCAGCCGCCAUUCCAGCAGCCGUAUGGUUACCAGCAGCCACCUCCUCCACAGUAUAGCAGCAUGUAUCAGCAGUUCCCAGGACAACCCCCAGUGUCACAGCCAUACCCCCAGGCUGCCCCCCAGCCACCCCCAGGGGGUGAUGUGACCACGCCCAUCCUGAUGUCGGAGACAAGACAACAGAACACAGAGAUCAGGCUAGCCAUUGGGAAGAUUGCUGAUAAAGUAGAUGAGGUGCAUAAGAAGGAAAAUGAAAGAUUGAAAAAGGAAAUAUUUGAAAAGAGUGCAAGGAUAGAGAGUCAGAAUGAGAAAAUUGCUGACUUAUUACAAAGAAAUCAGAGUUUUGUAGAACAAAGCAAUGUGAUGUUAGAACAGAGAAAUGAUACAUUUAAAACAACAGCCGCCCAGUCUCAGUCCAGGGUACUGGCUCUUGAACAGGAAAAGGUGCAGCUCACCACAGAAUUAAGUGCGGCCACAGCACAGAUCAGCACCCUGCAGCUGGAGAUGAACUCUCUGAGGAAGAAAGAAGUUGAAGUAAGGCACCAGUUGUCUACAUCUCUGGCAGAUGGCCAACAUCAAAAGGAUGACCUGGAUCACCUAAGGGUGCAGCUGUCAGAAAAUGAAAAGAAGAUUGAACAGCUCAACUCAAGUUGGAAAGAAGAAAAGCAGAUGAAGAAGACGUUGGAGAACAAGUUGUCACUGCUGGAGGAGGAGAUGGCAGAGUUGAAGACUUCCAAUGAAAGUCUAGAAAAGUCUGCAAGCGACAGGAAGAAGAAAGCUUUAGAAGAAAAGAAAAGAUUUGAAGAAGAAUUGGAGGAAGUUAAAUCACAAUAUGAGAGUGAAAUUCAGAUUCUGAAGGAUCGGUUAAGAAAACAGAAAUCUUCUACAGACAACGUUGCUGCUGAACAGGUUGCUCAAGUAGAACAGGAAUUAACACAAGAAUGGCAGCAGAAGUGUGACAGGCUGGUGUCUCAGGCCAAUGAUAAACAUGCCAGAGCCUUGCUGGAGGUACAGGAAGAAAAACAACAGCUGGAGAACACAGUGCAAGAGCUGCAGACAAAGCUUUUAACAUUGAAAAACUCCCGAGGAGACAGUGAUAAACAAUUGUCUGAUCUACAAGAACAAGUAGAAGACUUGAAGGUUUGGAAAGAAAAGUAUGAAGCCCUGCAUGCCCAAGCCAUCAGUAUGAAACAGAGAUAUGAAAGCAGGAUAGAGGAGCUGAACACGGAGAAAGAAGAGGCCGUCACCAGGGCUGAGGAAGCAGAAGAGAAAGCCGCAGCCCCUGCUGCCACUGCUGGUGCCUCCGCUGCAAGUGGAAAUGUUUCUCCUGAAGUUUUAUUGACAGAAGUAAAGAAGAUAAUGAACUCUGUGUACCACAUGCUGCGGGCUGAGUUCCAAGUUGACCAGUCCUACUUAGGGAAAGACAUACUGGCCAGCUUAGUAAAUGCUAUCAAGAAUGUAACUCUGAAACUGCAAGCUAGACAGAAGGAAAAUGAAGAAGAUGAAGAAGAAGAAGAAUCUGAAGAUGAGGAGGACGAGGAAGAGGAGGAGGAAGAUGAAGAAGAAGAGGAAGAAGAAGAAGAGGAAGAAGAAGAUGAAGAAAAAGACUUAAAAAGUGAACAAACUAAUCAGAAAGAAGAUUCACAGGAAAAUAUUAAGUCAGAAAGUGCCAUACCAAACCAAGAUGCCACACCAGCUUCACUUAGCAAGACAUCAGAAGACCACCCAGAACCUGAAGUGAUUCUGGAGCCCUCUAGUGGCAGUGAGUCACAGACAUUUCCUAGUGAUAGUGACACACAGACACCUAGUUCUAAUACUACUGAAGUGCCCUCUAGUGAGACUGAUUCACCAGCUCCCUCUAGUGGUGGUGACUCUACAGCCCAUAUAAGGGCAGACAACGACAGAAAAACUGAUAGUGAUGUCUUAACUAAUGGAAUGGAAGAGAACAAUGUUGUAGAAAAGGAGGAAAUAACAGAUAACAGUCCAGUGGAAAAUGGUGAUCAUAUCCAAGAAGUGAAAAAUUCGUAUCAUGAGCAACCGCCAGUUGUCCCAGAUGCUGAAGAUGAAGAACCCCCAGAGCUUCCAGGAGAAAGUCCCGACAAUACAGAUCCUCUCUCUAAUGGCAUGGAGACUGCUGCUGAACAAGAAGAACCACAGGCUUCAUUAAAAGACAUGGUGCAGCAAGCAGUGAGCCAAGAGAGCACAGAGGCAGACAUUGAUGAUAGACCAGUGCCGCCCCCUAUGAACAGUUCUUUGUUUGGGGGCGAUGAUGAGGAUGACGAUGACUUGUUUGGGUUUGCUGUGCCUACAGAGCCUGAGGCUGAAAAGAAAGUGGCAGUGGCAAAGAAGGAAGAAGAAGAGAUUGAUCCUACAAAAGACAAGCCACCACCUCUGUUUGGUGACGAAGAUGAUGAUGACGAUUUGGAUUGGCUGAGUUGAUGACAGCUCACCUUUAAGCAAAAUUUAGAGAUUAAAACAUGCUCUAAUGAAAAGUUUGCAGUCAUUUUGAUCAUUAUUUAGUCCCAUAAUUUAAAUUUAUUGUAUCGGAGAAGCGAUUUUGUUAUCACUUCUUAAAUUUGACUUGAAUUGAUCAGUCUUAUUUCCAGAAACAAUGUUAUAAUUGUAAUGCCUGAACAUGAGUUGUAAAAGUAAAUAGGCUAAUGUCAAAUAUUUAACUUUAUUUGUGUGGGAAUGACACCAAAAAUGAUCAAGACAAUCUGCACUUCAGUAAAAUGAUAAACAAGCUGAACUUAAUUAAUUUUUUGUUGGCAUUAUUUCAGAAGAAUUGACCAAAAGUGAAGUUUUUACAGAAAUUGUUUUGAUGGGCUAUUAAAGGGAAAACUUAAACAGAAAACUUUGAUCAAGGAUGAUACAAGAUUUUUUAUCAUGAAAAUUUAUAACGGUGCAGGGUGAUGUUUGAGUUGACCUUUGUAAAAAAAGAUAAUUAUAUAAAAAUAUUAGAAAUAAAUGCAGUAAGUUGUUAUGCAUUCAAUUCCAUCACAUUGCCAAUAAAUAUUUAUCUUUUAAAAAUGAA